AUGGCUGUGUUUAGAGUGGAAAAUACUAACGUGAAUGCUCAACCAGUGAAUAAAAACGAUGAAAUAACACUUUAUCAAAUUGGUCGGUACAUCAGCUCCAAUGAAGCUGCUUGGCAUAUCUUUGGUUUCCCGAUUCAUGAACGGGAUCCAGCAGUUGUUCAGUUAGCCGUCCAUCUCGAAAACGGCCAGCGUGUAUUUUUCACGAACGAGACAGCAAUUGAUCGUGCUGUAAAUCCACCUAAAACUACACUCACUGAAUUUUUCGAAUUGUGUAAUCGUGUGGAUGAUUUUGGUGCCUUUGCACGAACGUUACUCUAUUCACAAGUACCAUGCUAUUUCACAUGGGCUCAAACAAAAAAAUGGAUGCCCCGCAAGCAAGGCUCCCAGUUGAUGCAUGUCCCAAUUUAUUUAAAUCAAACGCUCUGGGGCGAGUAUUUACAGUCAAUCCAAAGCAAACUGAAUGCUUUUAUCUUCGAUUGUUGUUGGUUAAUGUUACUGGCCCAUUGUCGUUUCAAGAUAUACGGAAAGUGA